AUGAGUGAAGCAAUGCGGUCGCGUCGCGGUUUUCCAUUAUUAUAGGUUUCUUCAACGCUGUUUAAUCAAUAAUCAAUCAAUCAAAUCAUUUAUUCUGUUGUCCAGUCAGAUAUAAUCGACUAGGCGGUGAACAAGAACUUUAAAAGCUAUAACGAACAACUGCGUUUGGCGAACUAGAAGUCCCAGAGUGAAGUCGAAAGAGUUGAAAGCCUGGUCCUACGGUCCGUCGCCUCGUUCUUCUGCGCGUAGUCCAUCCAGUUGCGCCUUGACGAACUCAGAAUGUAGUGUAUGUUGUAGCUGGAGUCCGGAGUCCGAGCUCUAUGUUGAAGUCUCGAAAUGAGAGCGACCACUUCGAGUGAACGGAAUGAGAAAUUGAGAUUUAGAUUUGAUUGAAUCUGAUUUUUCUUCUGCUUGACUUUUUUCUACAAGAAAAGACUAGAUAUUGAAAAUUUUUGAUUUUCCAGAUUCCAUAUGAGGAUACAGCCUUUUUAGACAACUUUUUUGGAACUCUAUCUCGAUAAUAUGUUUGAUUUCACGAUUUUCUACAUCCUAACUUUUUUUUUUCACCUACUAGAUCACUCUAGCCCUCUGGUGAAGUAACUUUGGAAACUCAGAAAAUAAAAUCUCCCUGAAGGGAUAUUGAAUAUGCUCUAGUGGACACUUGAUAACUUCAAAAAUGGUGACUGAUCAAUUUUGAAGCGAAAAAUUUUUCCAAGAAUUUUUAAUCUUCAGAAAGACUGCACUUUUGUCACUUUCCUAUCUUUCUUUCUUAAUCCGCAUUUAGAUUGUUUUUUUCAACAUUAAUCACUUUUAAAUGAUCAAGCUUCAUCCCUAGAAGCUUAUCAAAGAUCUGAAAGAUUUGGAAAAGAAAAUGGGAAAAUUUUUGAUUUCAAGUUCAUGUUAACUAAAGAUCAGCUCGUUUUCCAAUUUUUCCAUUUUGCUAGAAAGAAUCUGACCGAAUCCUCAUACUAAUCACAAAAAAACUCGCUGAGCUUUACUUCUUAACACCGGUUUAAAGGAUUUUAAAACAUCUCAAUGAAUCUAUUUUGCGCCCGUGACAUCCUCCGCAUUUUGCAGAUGAUCCGACGUUCUCGACAGAGUUGGCGACGCGGCUCGCCGAGCUGAUCCGAGCCCAUCCCUGCGUCUGGGAUUACUCCUCGGCCGACUUUGCCGACCGACGACUGUGUGACGCCGCUUGGAAGCAAGUCUGCUCCGACGCCAACGUUAACGGUAUGAACUUGUUGAUGAUGACGUCAUGAGUGGGAUUAGAACAUCGAAGGGUUAUGAUGAGUUCACUCGAAAAGCCAUUGCCAAAAUGAAAAGUCGCAGCGAAGGAACUAAUGAUGACGUCAAUUUUGAGCCAUUCCAAAUGCGACCACACUUAAGCGAUGAUCGGCGGAACUCUCGGUGUACUGAUAGAUGAUGGGAAAACUUGUAGAGUCAUUAAAAAUAAGAUAACCGGUCACAAAAAAUUUAAAUUUCCUGCUGUCACUUCGGGAAUCAUUCCAAAUGCGACAUUAGGUGUUGCCGAAGCGAUUUUUGGCCCCGUCACUGUUUGAGCCAUUCCAAAUGCGACAUUAGGUGUUACCGAAGCGACUUUUGGCCACGUCAUUGUUCAAGCCAUUCCAAAUGCGACAUUAGGUAUUACCGAAGCGAUUUUUGACCACGUCAUUGUUCAAGCCAUUCCAAAUGCUACGUUAGGUGUUAGCGAAGCGAUUUUGGCCCCGUCACUGUUUAAGCCAUUCCAAAUGCGACAGUAUGCGAAUCAAAUUCCAAUAAAAUCGCUUCAAGACCCAAUCCAAAUGCGACACCAAGUAAGAUCAGAUGUAGUUCGAGUGGCGUCAUUGGCGCUCCAAAUAUUGAAGAUUUUCCGAUGACUCCAUUCUCCCCUGAAGGCAUAUAGCACGUGGUGGUAAUAUGGUUCAUACUUCUUGGUUUUUCUCACGAUGACGUCAGCGUCAUAAGCCAUUCUGAACGCGGCAACAUGAAGUUAAUAAAGUAUUGAUGACGUCAUCCUAACUUGAUGGACUUCUUGUCAAACUUGGAACGGCUUUUUCCACUCCUUGGAAAGAGAGAAAAGAAAAAAAAGGGAACGGAGAAUUUCUAAGUGCGAAUGACGUCAUCCGUUCCCAUAAAGGUUCAAGUGGUCGUUAUAGGGUAUUUUUGUGCUUUCUGAAUUGGGACAAUUAUUUUGCAUGUUUAUUUUCAAGGGGUCACUUGAGGGAUUUUACAAGUGUGAUUUGAGUAUUCAGUUCUUCUUUUUUCAAUUUGGAUGAAUUUUGGAUUUACCUGGCUUAUCAGUAUUUUGGUACAAGCUGUCGCCAAUAUUUGAGAAUUUUUCGAGAACCAAGUUUUCUUUUUUUUUUUCACUUAUCCCUCAAUUUUUUUUCAAUCUUUUCUGUCCAUUGAACACUCAGACCAAUGCACAAAGAGCAAAGCCAGGAGACAAGGAGAGAAAAAAAAAUUGUUUGAAUAUUCGAUUGGACGAAGAAAUUGCCGAAACUCGACCUCUUCUGGCGACUUGAUUGCUCGGCAUCGGCUUACUUCUUUUUUGCCGACUUUUUCUUGAGCCUUGAAGGUCAAAGAAAAGCAGGGAAAGUCUCGGUCGCACUUAGAAUGGCUUGACGCGUUGCGAUUAAUAUUUAACCUUCUGGAAGCUUUUUCACAUUUUCCGAUGCCCCAAGCGCAAGUCGGUUUGUGGUCAGGCGCAAAAAGAGGACACCUCGAGCUAUUUUUAAUAAGGAAUAUAGUUUUCUAAAGCUUCUAACUUGGAAGAUUCAAAAAAAAGUGCAGAUCGAUUUGUAUAAAUGUUAUCCCCCCCAUCAAAUUCUUUCUAAGGUUCUUUUUUUUCUGCGUGUAGCUUUCUACGGAUGCCCCGAGGCACCAAAAAACGACUGAACCUACUUUUCUACCCCGUAAAUAGCCAGCCAAAAUGAUAAAUGCCCAGUUUUGAUCUAUCAACUAUCAACUACCAUUUUCCGCAUUUUUGAGUGCUCCAAAGCUCGGAAACCCCCCCUAUAAAAAUUGACGUCGACUAGAACGUUUUUGAAAUGCGAACGGGGCCAUGAAAAAAUAAAUAGAGAGCCGGAACACGACAUCACUUGAUUGCCACAAAGUGGUUUUGGGUUUUUUGUUUCCUCUUUUUUUGGGUAAUCCGAGUCGAAAAGAGAGCGAAAAGUUUGCUCCAAGUGCAAUUUGAGACUUAGAAAAAAAAAAUUAUCCGUUUAAAGUUUGCAUGGAUUGAAUCGAGUUUAGGAAAACUUUACCCAAUGGAUUUUUGAGUAAAUUGAACGGAACAGGGAUUUUUUUCUAAGGCAGAAUGAACCCUUGGAAGCUUUCCAUAAAACCAGGAAUUUAAAAAAAAAUAUUAAAGCGGAUUUUUCUGUGAACUGAGAUGUGCAGGAAUAAGAAAAAUGCUAUAAAAAAAGUGAUUUUUUGACCCCCCCUGAGAAAAAUUUUUAUUUUAAUUUAAUUUGAAGAAUGUCAGGAAUUGAUUGAAAAGAGAAUAUUGGUUUGAAAUUUUCCACCUGGACUAGAUUGGAAUAUAUUGAAAAUUCAGAAAAUCAUUGAGAAGUUUGAAAUUUAUCAGAAUUAAUGAAGCUACAUGUUGAAUCGAGUAUUUGAAGAGCAAGAAAAAUAUUAACACGAUUUUUGUUUCUAGUUCAUCUCCCUUAGAUAGUAAUGCGCAUAAUAUUUUACCUUUUACCUUUUUACUUACCUUUUUUACAUUUUUUUACCUUUUUUCACUCGUCCAUUUUUCAAAUUUAACCUUUCCAAAAGUGCCUAGCAAUAACCAUUUUCCCAGAUUUUGCACCUCAAAGCCUCCCCGCCCUGACGUCACUUUGAUCCAGCAAAGCGAGAAAAAAUGCAUGCGAGAAAACCUCACGUGUUUUUUUUUGCCUUCAAGGCUUUUCCCCCUUCGAAUACCUAAAAAAGGGGCCUCCAAUUAUUCCUUCACUUUCCCUUCACUAACCAGGAAAAUCCGGCUGUUUGGAAGGAAGCCAAAAGAGCCAAAAAUCAACUGGAAAACAGCCAACAGAACAAUAAAAUUAGCAUCAGAUUACCGAAUUUAGAAGCAAAAUACGCGAGGCCUAAUGCUUUUGUUUCGUUGUGCGGAGCAAGUUUUUUAGAAAAAUAGGUUUUUUUGUCCAGUCUUUUAGUUUUUUUUAAAGUUCAAACCGAGGUCUUGAGUUGAGUUGUACUUUUGAAAAUUGGUCAGGCGUUUCCGGCGUUUCGAGCUGGACUUUAGAAGGUCUGAAAACUUCAAAAUUGCUCAUAGCAAAAAAAUCCUUGAAAGUACGCUCUAUUGUCAAUUUGCAUGGUGCCUGAAUUCUUGAAGGGUAAACAGAAGUUAGAAAAAAAAACGAUCUGAAAAAAUUAUACCCGAUUUCUAAGCUUCAAGGCCGGAUUCAGCUAUUUUUGGCCCAUCCGGAAACAAAAAGAAAGGAAGAAAAAAUAGCCGCCAAGGCUCAAUGUUUCUAUGCUCCAAGGCUAAAUUUAGCUGUAUUUUCUUAUUUCUCUUGACUGCAAAGUAUUCCUCGGACGCUCUAGUGACCACCUUUAGUAGCGUUAGCACUCUUAAGUGAUCCCUAGAAAUGCUCAGAAACAUUCGAAGUCCGAUUUUUCGUUCACAACAAAAAUGGAAGUGGAGCAGAAAUCGGCUGGCGAACAGCCAAGUCGAUCAAAUUAGCAUGAAAUUACCGCAUUUUCGGGCAACAAAGACAUGGAUCGCUGCCCUAAUUUACUUGUUCCGUUGGAGCAUUUUUUUGAGUUGUCUUUGAAGUUCUGAAUGGCAAUGAUGUCAAAAUUGAGGCUUGAAAAAAAUAGCCGCGUUUGCACGGAAAAUACUUGGCAGAAAGCUGAUAAAUGAACAUUUUGAACGAUUUCUCUAUGAUAAUAAAAAUUUUUCCCAGCUUUUUUUGUGAAUAGGCGAUGGGGCGCAUAGUCUUUGGUUGAUGCGGCGGUUUUUAUCAGCGAAUUUUUUUUUGGCUUCUUUUUCAUUCAUUUGCAACCUUUGAACCGAGACUAGUUUAACCAUAGAGCAUAAGGCCCAAUUUCAAGCGGAAUUAUUUUCUCAGCUUUAUUUUUUCCCUAAUUUAGUAAACUUAAGGCUUUGAAAGAAUUCAUUUUUGCCCCGGAACGCAACUCCUCGAUUUAUUGAGGCUAUUUUUAAGUCCCAAGAACCCAAAACUCCAGAAAUAGUUUUCCAGACACUCUCGAGUUUAACUCAAAUCGCCGGAAGUGCAUGACCAAUUCGAAAAAAAGUACAACUCGAGACACGAAAAACAACAAUUUCGGGCCUCAUCCAGUUCAAAGUUUUAGGACUGGACAAUUUGAAUCCGAAUUUUAGCUUUUCCUUGCUCAGCACAACGAAACAAAAACAUCAAGCUCCGUGUAUUUCUUUCUAGAAUCGGUGUCCUGAUGCUAAUUUUAUUGUCCUGUUGGCUGUUUUCCACCUGAUUUUUGGCUCUUUAUUACUAUAGUGGGGAUGGGGGUGCCGCCAACUUUCUGAAAACCUUCUGAUUUCAAGCAUUUUAGCCAGGAUAUGGCAAAUUUUCCCCUGAUUUCAUCAUUUUUUUCAUCAUCAAGAGGGUUUCCCUUGAAAAGGGCACCAGGACUUUUUGACUCAGAGGGUUACUAUUAAAUUUAAACCAUAAAAAACUAUCGAUUAUCAUAUCAUUUUCACCAAAAAAUCCAUGAAAAACAUCAUUUUUCGAUGAAUAAAAAGCAGCCCUCAUUUCGGCUCUCUAUGAUUCUGCAUUACAGGGGGCAUCAAUAAAAUACUGAAUUUUGAAGAAUUUCAACAUUAAUAAUUGGUGAGCUUCAAAAAUGAUUUACCAAGUCUAACAAAUAUUGAUCUUGAAGAACCUGUCAAUGGGUUGAAACUCGAAAACUUCCGCGGUGUUUUCAUGUGAGAUACUUUACCGGAUAUGAUAAAAGAUGAAAAAAAGCAUCGUCAUCAAGGAUUUCUCAUCACCUGUUCAAUAUUUGACAAUUCUAAGAUUCAUUAACUGAACAACAAUAAAAAACGGAAUACGGAAUCAAUUCAUUUGUUCUCACUCUGAUUCUGCUUCCGCCGAAUUCGGCCUAUUAACCUCCAAAAAUCAUUCAUUUCUGUAAGGACCAAAUCCAGAAAGAGAGGUGUUGGAAGUUUUUGAGUUUCAACCCAUUGACAGGUUCUUCAAGAUCAAGAUUUGUUAGACUUGGUAAAUCAUUUUUGAAGCUCACCAUUUAUUAAUGUUGAAAUUCUUCAAAAUACAGUAUUUUAUUGAUGCCCCCUGUAAUGCAGAAUCAUAGAGAGCCGAAAUGGGGGCUGCUUUUUAUUCAUCAAAAAAUGAUGUUUUUCAUGGAUUUUUUGGUGAAAAUGAUAUGAUAAUCGAUAGUUGUUUAUGGUUUAAACUUAUAGUAACCCUCUGAGUCAAAAAGUCCUGGUGCCCUUUUCAAGGGCAACCCUCUUGAUGAUGAAAAAAAGGAUAAAAUUGCGCGAAAAUUUGCCAUAUCCUGGCAAAAAUGCUUGAAAUCAGCAGGUUUUCAGAAAGUUGGCGGCACCCCCCAGACCCACUAUAGUAGUCUCUUUGGCUCCCUUCCAAACAGCCGAUUUUUCCUGGUUCGGAAGAUCUCCUUUUAGGUAUUCGAAUAAGCCUUUUUUGAAGAACACGUGGGAAAUAAAAAGGCGCAUGCGAGAAAAGCUUUUUUUUAUGAUGUUCGGAUGAUGUCAAAGCGUCUUUGCAGUGGAAAGUAGCUACGUUUUGCAGGACUUUUUAUUUUUAUGGAAAAUAUUAAGAGUGGCUGAAAAAAGCCGCUUUAGGAGGGGUCUUGUGUGCUCUAUUGAUAAUAAUUGGAAAAAAGGAAAAUUCUGCGGGAAUCUGUGGUUUUUCUCAAUUAGCACUAGAGCGCAGAUGUUUUUCUGAUUUAGGCGGCUUUGAUUUCUCAAAGACUUUUCUAUUUCUUUCCAAAAAAUGACGUGCCAGAAACAACUCUUUGGUUUUUUCAAGUAUUGGCUUAAAAAAAGCUUCUUUCCCGUCCGUUUUUCAAAAUAAAUUAUUCCUCUGUUUUUUUCGGACUACUUCCUGUACUCAAUUAUUACUCACUUGGAAACUAAAAAUAGAAUUUUUGAAAAAAAUUUCCUCAUUUGGUAUGGAAUUCGUAUCACAGAUUCUAGAUUAUCCAUCCAAGGGUCGCUGGUUCGGAUCCUGUCAAGGGCGAGCGUUUUUUUGCCAUUUUUAGAGUCAUUAAAUCUCGUGAUUUUGAAAGGUUUAAGUGUGAGACAAGGUCAGAAGGCGUUCAAUUUUCAUUAUUUUAGUGGUGAAAGUUUUGGGCUAUAAGUAGACGGCUUCUUGGUUCGACUCCAGUCGAUGACAAUAUGUUUGCAAUUUUCAUUUUUUUUUUUCUUACCAAGUUCCCUUUUAAAAUAUAUCCCCACAAGGUCCCCUAAUGGUCUACAUCCAUAAGGAACAACCUCAAAAAUCAUCGGCAAACAUGUGAUUUUCUUUCUUUAUUUAGAGAAAAGGGAAAGAAAGAACCUGAGACGCUUUAUUGGACCCUCAGGAUUUCUCUUAUGGCGACAACAACCCUUAUUUUAUUUUUUUUUAUUUUUGUUCUGCCUUGCGCACUCUGUUUAUGUUUCCUUUCGGCUAUUUAUAGGCAGAAUGGAGAAGAAAAUGAGAAUAUAAAUAAAUGACGUGCGUGUUAGACAAUGGUUUCCGGUUACAAGAGAGUCUGGGAAAAUUGGAUUAUAAUGCCCUUUUUUCCUUGUUUAAUUGGCAUUUUUGCAAGAAUUCUAUAUUUAGAGCUUCUUCCUUACUGAAGAGCCAAAUUUAGAAGUUCUGAAAAAAUUGGAAACUUCAGAGCUACAGUAGCGGGAAGGUCAUUUUACUUUGCGGUUGGGAAUUUCCUGAAAAUAAGCCGGAACACAUUUUGAUGUACCAGAAAAAAAUUCUGAAAGUCUCAACCUGCAAAAUUCCCUAGUUUUCGAAAAAUAAGGGCCUAAAGUCUGCAAACAGAAUCUACAGUAACCCUUAACUUUUUAAAAAAAUUACAGUACACAUCAGAAAAGCUCAAAAUUCCGAGGUUUAUUAUCAGAAACCAUACAAACUAUACCAAAAAGUCAAAAUUUGCAGAAAGAAAUUAAUUUUUUUAUUGGUCUUCUUGGUUUUUUUAACGAUUCCCUGACACGCAAAAUGUCUAUUAGACUGCAAAAGGCCUUUUAUUAACUUUAGUAUUUUUGGAUUUUUCCAUGAUUUCUUGGUCAAUCGAAAAAGUUUUUUUCGAAAAAGAACUAUUUUUAAAAAAUGGAAAAAUCUUUAAGAAUCCUUUUUGUUCUGAAAAUUGGAAUUUUCAAUUUUUUUCGCCAAACUAGAGUGGAUAAAAGCUCAUCUUUUUUUCUUUUUUUAUCGCCCGGAAAAAAACAAUUAAUUUUUUUAUCCCAUCCAUUAUAAAUCCCCUCAACGGAAAUUGUCAUUGUGACACUUUAAUUGAAUAUUUUUCUAUACACAAUGAUGUCGAUUUCAAGAUUUAUCAUGAUAUUUUGACUUUUCUAGUUCCCUUUUUGCAUGUUCCGGAGUAAGAGUAAUCAGAUUACUUACCUGGAAUCGGUGCACCUGACUUUUUCAUCCAAUUUGGAUGAUUUCAUUAGGAAACCGCGUGAUUUAGCAGAAAAAACGAGGCGAAAAUGCUCGCCCUUUGUAGUCUAGUGGUUAAAGAUCUUGAUUAUCAGUUCAAUAGUUUUUGGUUCGGAUCCUUUUGAGAACAUACUUUUUUUGCAAUUUUUUUUUUGACUGCGCUUGAGAAACAAGACCAGGACUCGUUUUGCCCUGUAGUCGAGUGGCGAAAAAUGUUGGUUAUUGUCCCAGGGGUCGCUGGUUCGGAUCCUAAGCAGGGAGAGCUUUUUUGCCAUUUUAAAUCUUGGUAAUUUCGAAAAUGCUCUGGAAAACGGGGCCUGAUGUAACAUUUCCUAGCUUUUUUCUAAUGGUUUAAGUUCUUAGUUACUCCUUCAAAGGUCCUUGGAUCGAAUCCGGCCUAGGGAAAAGUUUUUUUUGCCAUUUUCUCGUUUUUGACAAUUUUUAGAGGUUUCCAUGUCUUUUUUCCCAUCUAACUAUCAUAGUGAUAAGAGGGAGGCUAUGAUUUUUCAUUUAGUCAACGGGUUUCAACUUUGACCCACCUAUCUAACGGUCCCUGGAUCGAAUCCGGCCUAGGGAAAAAUUUUUUGCCAUUUUUACGACAUCCUGUUUUUGCCAAUUUUCAAAAGUUUUCAUGUUUUUUCUUCAUGCAAUUAUCGUAGUGAUAAAAUGAAGGGUCUGAUUUUGCAUUUAAAACUUUUACGUGCCAAUCUAAAGGUCCCUGGAUCGAAUCCGGCCUAGGGAAAAGUUUUUCGCCAUUUUUACGACUUUCCCGUUUUUGACAAUUUUCAGAGGUUUUCAUGUUUCUUUCUUCAUGCAAUUCUCGUAGUGAUAAAAUGAAGGCUCUGAUUUUGCAUUUAAAACUUUUACGUACUAAUCUAAAGGUCCCUGGAUCGAAUCUAAAGGUCGUACGAAUCUAAAGGUCCCUGAAUCCACGGAAAAUUUUUUUUUUGCCCCUUCUUCUCGUUCGAAGAUUAUUUGGCAAUCAGCCAGAAGUGUCCGUCCGCAGUCAACGACCUCGUGCUAAUACUUGUCCGAUUGUGUACUACUUCGCCAAAAACUUGUUGAAAAGAAAUGGGAUUUUUGCCUCUUACCGUAAUCGUUCGAGCCAAAAGAGCGUACUUGACGAUGGGAACGAAGAGAAUUUCCCUCGAGGCUUUUUAUGAUAAAUAUACGUCUUUUUUUGUUUACGACCCAAUAUUUUGUUGACAAAACGCGUGAGUAAUCUUCGAAAUUUUGAGAAUCGAGUAAGGCUUUUGCGGACUUUGAACCUACAGUACUUUUUUUGAAUUUCUCAAAGACUAUAGUAUCCAUUGCGAAAGUUCAAAUUUUUUUCGCAUUGAACUACUUCCAACUUUUGCCAAAAAAUUAAUUUUUCAUUAGUUUUCUGACUUUUAAGGACUUCAUGUCAUGCAAAAUGGCGAUUAGGCCAGGAGUUCAGCUUUUUUGCACCUCAUAACCAUAAAAUUUUGGACUUUUAUCAAUUUUCAAGACCAGGAAAACAUAUUUUUCCCUUUUCUUGAAAAAAACGAACAAGUGAAGCGUGAAAUUUCAAGAAAAACCUUGCAUAUCAUGAGGAAGUCUUCCCUCUUUUGAAAAGGAAAGGAAGAAAAGUAAGGUUCCCAUGAGACGAUGGCUUCCGUCGUAGGGAUCGCCACCUUCCGCGCGAUUUAUUCUCUCACACAUUCUUUUUUGUUUUUUUCAGAGGUCCUUUUUAUUCUCCUGCAAGUUUUGGAAGUAGGUAUGAAUGUGUGCAGCGAGAUGAUUUCUUUAUAAAAGUGGAAAAUUUUAGUUUUUUGAAGGUCUUUUUUGAAGGAAUUUUUAAAAGGCCCGAAAAAUUUUUCGCAAUUUUUUGUAGCUUUGAAGUCGGGAACGAAUCUGGAUACUCAAAAAUAGCAGAAAGAUGCUAAUCAAGAAAAAAUAAUUCAGCAAAAACAAAUUUUAUUCGUUGUGGGAUCGAACCUCUGACCUUCUGAAUGUGGUAUAGCGCUUUUAGCCACUAGGUCAAACUUUCAACUUCUACUUUCCGUUCUUUGAGAUCUCGAAAGGGGGAAAAAAGGCUCGAUACAAAUUUUCCUUUUUUGCUGCCUUUUUACGCCUUUUCAUCGGCCCUUAUGCACCAUUUUUGCUGCCUCUCCCUUUUUCUACCAUUUCUCGAGCCUUUAAAACCCCAGAAAAAUAGAAGGCACGAUAAAGGAACUCUUUUCGCUGCCUUUCUGCGGUCAUUUUGCUGCCUUUUAAGGCCUUUUUGCUACCUUUUUGCUGCCCUUUGCUGCCUUUUUGCUGCCUUUCAGCAGCCUUUUUCUACCAUUUUGUCCGAGCUUCUAACAAUCUACCUGAUUCAGCAGCAAGUGUUCGAAUUUUAAAAAAAAAAUUUUUCAGCUCUAAAUCUAAAUCUUAUCGGCUUUCCAGUAACUACAAAGAACGAGAAAAUUGUGGGCCAGAUUAAUUUAUACAAAAUAAUUCUAUACAAAAUGACGUUAAUCUUCCUUCUUAACAUGACUUUUUCCCAAUAUUUGCUACAACCUCCCACACUUAUCCUUCUUUCUCAAUUUUUUGCAACUGGACAAAAAUCUUGGAGGUCGUUGAACAUUUUGGAAGGAAAAGCGCCUUAGGCGGAAUUUUUACGUAAUGUUUUUGGUUGUUCACAGACAUUUUUGCUGUUGUAGUUGUUGUGUUCGUGUGGGAAUCUGAUCGUUGGGAGAUUUUUCUUCUGGUCGUUUUUUUGGGUUGAAAAAAUGAGGAUUGAAGUUGUGGUGCUGGGAAAAAUUCGUCAGAAAAUCCGAUUUCCAGGGUUUUACGAAGCUUUUUCGGCUCCUAGCAACUUUCAGAUGUCAUUUUCAAUACCAAUAACCAUUUUGAACUCAUUUACAUGAAAUUUCACUGAAAAAUGACUGUUAAAAACUAGUUUUGAGACGUUAGAUUGAAUUGCAACGAGUUGAGCCAUUCCAAAUGCGACCAGAGGCUUAGAAAAGAACGCAUGUGAAUUUUUUUAUUGGAUUUAUCGAAUAUAGGGAAGCACUGAAGUUUUAAUUUCAAAAAUCCAAGCUUUGAGAAAUUUUUCGAUACGCUCAUUUUAUUUUUUUCAUGCUAGAGUUUAAAAAAAGUUAAUAUUUCUAAUAUUUCUCAGCCUCUGUACAUUUUUUUGACGUAUAAAAUCAUAUUUUUGAGGGUUUUUUUGAGUUGUGAUGAAUUUUUCUACAUUUAUUUUUGAGCUACUGUGAAAAUGCCACUUAUAAAAAAAUUAAUUUUUCAAACUUCCAAAUUUUUCCAAAAAAAUUUCGGUUCCGAUUUAUCAUUUUUGACUCAUUUAUAGUCUUUCAACCCUAAUUGAAAUCUGCUUUUUCCACAUAAAUUCGAGUGCAAGAAAGCUCAAAACAUACCUUAUUAGCCAUAAUAAGCAGUUGCCAAGUUCUUUUUUUCAUUUUCGAAUGACUAAGAAGAAAAUAUUGGGUUUCUAUUGAAAUAAGCUGUUAUUUUCAGAAUUUUCAUGACUCAAUUUCGAGCUUUCUUUGGAAAAAUGGGUGGGAAAAUGGAGGAAUCAGGUUGAAGAGGAAUUUUGAGAAAUUUUGGACUUUUGUGAAUAGUUUUAGGCUUCAUUCAGGCCCUUUAAAGGAAUGAAAAGUGAGAUUCAUUUGAAAACGUUGAUUUUUCAGGCUUUCCUGACCUUUUUGAACGGUUUAGUCUACAAAUAUUUUAUAGGAAAGAAAAAAUGGAUUUUUAAAAAUGAAAUUUUGAUGUAAAUUCAAAAAUGUUGUCUAUUUUUCCGACCCUUCUAGCGAAUAAAUUAUGUAAAUUUCUAUUUUAGAUUAAUUUAUCUAUUUUUCAUUGCCCUUUUCAAACUAUUCAGUGCCUCUUACGUAUGUUUUUUUAGCUUGAAAAGGCCUAUUUUCGAAAUUACGUAGUAGUGUAGUAACACAUACUCAUAACAAACCAAGUUAUCAUGGAAAAAACAAAUCAAAUUGGCCUUUCAAAAAUAGAAUUUUCCUCCCCACGCCGCCUCGUUUUUCCCAACUCGUUUUGCUCUUUACAACUCAAAAAAAAAAAGAAGAAUAUUGCAAAAUCGAGCCGACGCGUCUGAUUUGCAUUAUGCACGCGGGAAAUAACUUGGUUUCCUGCCAGGAUUCCAUCUUUGGUCAUCAAGUUUUGGAGGUUUUGGUCCGUGAGAUUCGUCCAUUAUGCAGGUUAAUAGUCGAGCACUGAGAGGUUUGCAGUUUUUGAGAAUUUUCGGGUUCUAGGUGAUUAAUUACUAGGUAAGAGGACUCUUUAGGGAUCUUCUGAAGAGUCUACAAUUUAUACAAUGUUGAAAAAAUAUUCAAGUACACAGCCUGAAACGUCUCGACGAGUUUAGCAUGAAAAAUUGGUAGUGCGGAAAACGGGUGCAAAAUGGCCGCUAAAAGGCUUCCGUUUUGCAGCCUUUAUUGAGCCUCCCUUUCUUGGUUACUAAAAAGCCUCAAAAAGGGGUGAAAAAGGGCGCAAAAAGGGCGCUGAAAGACUCGGCCAUUUCUCCGAUUUUAUUACUGUAACACAUUUUGGUUCAUAAAGAUUAUUUAAAAAAUGUUGUGCUUCUCAAAAGGGUCCAAAAAGGGUUGAUAAAGGCCGAAGGAAGGACGGAAAAAGGCAGUAAAAAGGCCACCCGUUUAGGGACAAUUUUUGGAAAACUUUUUGAUCCUUAACGGACGCUCAAAGGGUCCUUGUGACCUUGCCUAUGAUCAAGUAACCAUUUGAAGUACUGAUUAAAAAAAACUCAUCAAGGGACCACUUCAGAGAAAAAAACAUGAAUUUUUAGUUUCUAGAAUUUCUCAAGUUCCGAUCACUUACCUCAAAAAAUGUGUUUUUACCUGGAAUUAACACUUUUAUAAAGUUCAUUCUUGGUAUCCCUCGAGUGAGCAUUGAAUGGUGACUAUAGAAGUAAGAUUAACCUUUUUUGAAAAGAUCGAAUGGAAAGGUAAUCCGGUCAGGUGAAUAAUACGUUAUGAAACGAAGCUAAAUUCUUUUCUUUUUCUCUUUUUGUGUUAUUCCUUUAAGAAACUCGUUUUCAGAACUAGUGAAACGUUGGAAGUUUUCAGAGGCUACCUGAAAAUAUUGGGGCAUCUUUAGGGGUCACUUGAAGCCGUCUAUUGAUUGAAAAGUCAUUCAAAGCCACCGGAAACUCUACAAAGACUGCUUGAAAAAGAAAUUAAAACUCCUUAGAGUUGUCUAAAAACUGUCGGAUCUCUAGAAAAACGUGUUGAAUUUAAAAUAACUGUGUUUAGCUAGAUGAACUACUAGAACUACCUCCAAAAAUGAACUCGAGACUACGAAUUUUCCGACUUUUGAGGGUCCAUAAAUUUUUUCACAGACCUCGGGGGCAGCUCUUGAGACCGGAUUUGAAAUCAGCAUGAAAAAUUAUAUCUAGAAAAUAUGGUCGGUGAGACUAUUCCCUGGUAAGACGAUCCGGAAAUACUCUUUUUGAAAGCGAAUAACUCUUCCCUAACCCUAAAGCGACCACUUGUAGCAAUCAAAAGACAGUUUAACCCUUAAAAGAUCACUUGAAGCUUACGAGCUAAAGCGUCACUUUGAUAGCGACAAGUUGGUCAACUGCGUCAUCUUAACUUUUACGUAGUUCUAAGGAGAUCUCUCGAAUCUCGGUAAGAAACUACGUCACUUCAAAUGACCACUUCAAAUAAAUCACCAAAGAAAUCAUCAACUUGAGUGUUUACCCAAGGUCCUCCAAAAAAAAAUCCGUUCGGAAUCCGCUGGGUUCAAAUCCGAAGAUCAGCGUUUCCCACACGACACGCCACUAAGCUCCGCCCCCAAGCUCCGCCCCCUCCGAAAAGCCUUCGCCGAGCCAGCAGCCGUGCUCUCAUUGUGAACAGCGGCGUCCGCCGAGCCCAGGUGGUGGUGUCUCUAAGCCACGCCCACCGUUUUUCUUCCGAGUACUCCACUUUUUGCACUUCCUGAUUGCUGUUGGCUAGAGAAUAGUAGUGAUUUCUCCUAUCAUUCAAGGGGUCACUUCACGGUAUUUUGAUCAGAAUUGUAGUGUGACACUCUGAUAACUUUCUAUCCCUCUGAAGUCUUGAAAAAGGUCAUCCCUUAAGUGGCCCCUUACUUGUUCAUUUUUCUUAAAAUUGUCCCUUAAAGGGACAUUUUUAACGACUUUUGGAUGACUCUAAGGUUCUCAAAGCGAAUAUCAAGUUUUAAACCCUAGAGUGACCACUUAAAUGGACGCUAAAAGGUUAUUAAUUACAUUAUAUUGACAAAAAUCCUUUUCGCACGGUUUCUAGUGGCUCUUUCCGAACAAUUCUUCACACAAAUUUCAAAAAAGUUCUCCUUUUUCGGUCGAGAACCCUUGAAUGACCACUUAAGUGCAUCUCCCAUCCACCGAACAACUCUGUUCCUUCAUUUUCCACUUGAGAGCACUCUCGUCCAAGAUUCUUUUAUCUCUUCAUUUCUGAUCACUAUGACGUCACUCUCGAAACUACUUUCCCUAGAAGGCCUCAGGCUACAUCUCCUCAUCGGCUCGGAAGGGCAUAAUUUUGUUUUCCGAAACCUAAAAUGAAGCUCUCAAGACUUUUAGUGCAUGUAGGUUAAGUUGUUUUUCUCAUAUGUUGUUUUUCGUGUCCCAAAAAGUACUCAAAUUCCUAAUUUUUUGCGAGUAACGACCUCAAAAUAACACAAGAAAGCGUCAUAAAUAAAGAGGCUAAUCUUGCCGAUCGCUUUGCGCUCCAUUGAGAAGGACGUCAUGCUGGAUUUGACGUAAAAUUUGAGAUAAAUUUAAGAAAUUUCCUAUAGAAUGAGCAAUAAACUCGAAGAAGACUUUGCCAUUUUUGAAACGAAAAUUCUGGGAUCUUUCUUUCGUGAUUUCAUUGAAUCAGAGUAGUAUUAGCUAACAUGAGCAACGCUGAGUUGAGACAUGAAAUCGUCUUCGUUUCUUUGAAAUUUGUUCCCUAAUAUGAGCAAUAAGGAGCUUUUCUAGCCGUUUCAUUGAAAGUGUCUCCAAUAAGAGAGACAAUAUGGUUACGAUUUUGAUUGGCAAGACUCCAAUUUUUUCUUUCUGUAACAUGAGCAAAGCUUAGCUUAGCAAAGCUAACAUGAGCAAAGCGAUAAUGAUUCAUCGGACACCUAUCUCUAACAUGAGCAAAACUGUCACGUAUUAAUCACCUUCCCUCGUCAAAUUAGCCUGAUUAAUCGACUUCCGCUCUCUCUCUCGCUAACAUGAGCAACACAGUUCAUCGAAACUAAUAUCAACUUCCAUACGGCUCAGUUCCGCCUCAUCAUCCUUUUCCCUUCUCCCCGACGUCUUCAUUUCGUGAGAACUCGUGCGAAAGUGACGUCAUCUGGGAAAAGCCCAAUUUUCCUGCCGCCGUCGCCCUUCCUUCUUCUUUUUUUUUGGAAGAAAAUUUUCUCGCCACCGUUGAGAAUAAUGAAUAGGGUGGAGCCGUCACGCCAUUAGCUCUCCUGGCCUUCCUUUGUUUUCAGCGCCUCUUUUUGGUAGUAAAUUGUUGAGGAAUGACGAGUUCUCUUUGAAGUUUGAAGGCGCAGGGCGGAGCUUGAAAUAAUAGAGGACUUUUUUUAAAUAACCAGAUUAUAGUUGACCAACCAUUUGGCCACAUGAAGGAGCAGCAAAGUUUUCAAGAGUAAUUACUUCGGUUCAAAAUGACGUCAUAGAAUUACUGUAGACUUCUGAAAGCCGUCUUCUUUUUGCACACUGUCUCGCUCAUUUCUUAGAAUUCCUGAUUUUUAAUAUUUUUUGUGAGGGUUACUGUAGAGAGAUAACCUCUCUAAACUCUCUCAUUUUCUCAUACUGUCUCUCCAGUCGCUUCGAGACCACUUUUCUUGGGAAAAUAUUCAUCCGAAAUUGCGAAAAAUUGAAAUUCUACUGUUCACUUUUCGAAUCGCUUGUUUUCCAAGGUCCCGCCGUUCAUUUUUGCAAGGAGAAUUUUGGAGGACAACCUCAUUUGCUGUGUGUGUGUCUUAGGAUGGGCCACGAGGAUGUGUCCUUCCCUUUUCCCACUGCGAAAACAAAACGUAAUGACGUUUUUCCCCUAAUUUGUCGGCUUUCCUGCAAAUUUUCCCUUUUCCAUGGAGAUUUUUGAGGUCUUCAUCUCAAUUUUUUGCAGAAAUUCACGUUAGAAGUCUCUGGAACACCCUGUGGAACCGGUUCAGUACAAUGCAGGCCGCACACAGAAAUCCGCUCUUUUUGCGACUCUCCGGGUGUGCUGAGAAGCUGGAAGUGCCCCUCGGAUUGGCUGGGUUCGACGCCGAUGAGGAAGCUCGAUCCAGCUCCGAUUCUUUGGACAACUCGCCGGCCAAGACAGUCUCUGAUCUGGAGUCCGAACAGUCUAGAUCAAGGUAAAAAAUCAUUUUUAGCGCUGGAGCGCAAUUGAAGAUCCAAAAAUGGCUUCUAAGAGAUUUUUUUUACUGCCGAUAACAUGUAUCGUUUCGAAUGAAUCAUAGGACAUUUUUCUACCUAAAACCACCUCGAUGCCGUUUUUUCGCUCUCACUUAUGCUCCAUUGAUAAUAUGACGUCAUAGAUGACUCACAAAAAUGUCCCCAUUGCUCAGUAAUCCCUUUCAUAUCUUAGAAGCUUUUUUUGAAUUUUGAACUCUGCUCCAUCGUAAAUUUUAACAAUAACUUUGAAUUGCUAUAGGGCUUUACAAAUUAUCAGGCGAAAAUAGAAUCCUUUUAGUAUGGGAAAAAAGAAGCCAUUUUCUCUCUUUUGAUUGCGCUCUAUUGAUAAAUGACAUCAUUUAUUGGGAUUACGUGAAGCCUUUCAACUGGAAAAUACUCAAUCGCGCUCUAUUGAUAAUAUGACGUUUGAAUUUUCACAUAGAUUCCUUUAAAAGAGUGAAAAUUGCCAUCUUGCAAGUUUUAAUUGCGCUCUAUUGAUAGCAAUUUCUUGUUUUUCUCUCUUUGCUUUUUCUUAAUAACGACCUUUCUUUUUGAAGAUCUCUGCUCUAGACGCGAUCGCGUGACUUUCAAGUUUCAAAAUUGCAUUUCUCAUCCUUUCUUCUACUUCAAAUUGAGUUCUCAAGAACUUCGCAAGAUCCUUGAUUUUUGCAGCACGCCGUCGACUCCUUCACGUUCGCCGAAAAAAGUUUCCUGGGCCCUUUUCGACCAGGUUUCCUUGUCCGGCGAGGAGUUCCUGCUCCCGCGACGAUUCGAGGCGAUCGAGCUGCUCACGGCGGGUCCCAGCACGAAAAUCUCAUGGUACUGUAGCUUUUUUCGAGCUUUUGGAAGAUCUAGAUGCUUAAAAAUUCCACUGAAGUCAAAUAGAAUUAGUAAAAAUGAAUGAUUCUCGCUUGGAAUCGAACCUGUGACCUUUUCAGUUUAGUGUAACGUUGCUAGCCACAAGACUAAGCUGUCAACUUGUCCCUUUUGAUCAAAAUCGAUGUAGCUUUUUAAAAAAAACUUGUAGAAUUCAAUUUAUUCGUUUUCCAAGUGCUUUUUCAUCUUUCUUUGUAUGAGUUGAGAGAACAGAGAGCGCAGACAGGUCAGAUUCUUUCCAAUGACGAAAAACUAAAAAACUGUAAAUCAAAUUUUUUUUUUUCCAGCGUCGCCGCCGACCUUCACACCAGCGAAAAUGUCACGAUCCGGAAAGUUUCGCUUCGCGACGCCGCGACGAUGCGACGCGAGUACAGGAAUAUCCUUCUCGGGCGACUCUUGCCCCAUCCUAACGUAAGGAUUGAGAAUAUUCAAGGAAGACUGUGCCGAAAAAUGAGGCACAUGUUUGCUCUAUGGAGAAUAUUGCCCUUUUUGAGAAGACCUGGAGAAAAAGCUGCUUGAAAAGUUUUGAUUUGAGCCGAAAAUUUAGCGUCAAGGGUGCUCCACGGAUAAUAUUCGCUUAUCUGAUGGGAUAUUUUGAAACUAGGGUAUUUUCUCAUCUAGGUGCACUUUGAAAGCUGAGAAAGAAAUUUGAGCCGCUUGGUUGGAGGAUAGUUCGCUCCAGGGUCAAAAGCAGUUUGAGAAAAAGCGCUAAAAAAGAAGCUUAGAGAUUCUGAAUCAGGGCUUUUUUGAUGAGUGGAGCGCAGUACGUCCUUGAGUCGAUUUCCGGUCGUAAUCCUCUUUUUCGUCCGGAAAGUAAACGGUUCACUGUAACAGCCUUUUCUCAAUUAGAACUCCUAGUCAAUCAAGAACUACAGACAUCACGACCUCUGAACUAAAUGACCUAUUUUUCAGAUCCUCAACGCCUCGGAAGCCUACGAAGUCGCGUCGCAGUUGUACCUGGCCACGGAACAAAUGGACGGACGACUCAGCGAUAUCGUUGAAGAGCGUCUGAACCAUUUCGUUGUCGCGAAAAUCGCUCAUCAGAUCCUCGCCGCCGUCGCCAUGCUCCACUCCAACUGCAUCUCCCAUGGGGUUUAUAUAAACACAAUCAGACCUCUUGAUCAUCUCCAACAUUCCAGGAUUUGACCCUCAACACCAUCCUGGUCAACACCGACGCCGAGCUCAAGCUGGCCACCUAUGGCAAUGGCGAUGAUUCCACUGAAUGCCUUGGCGAGAAAUUCCGCGACGAUUUACUGUCCGUUGGAGCGAUCUUGUCGCGAUUCCUGAUGGAGGAAGACGAGAUGUUCAAGUUCUCGAAGUCAAAGAACCACAAGGAUAUCGAUUGGCGGGUGGUUCUGGAAGGCAACACGGAUUCCGGGCUUCUUGGUCAGUUUUGAAGGAGAUUUAGAUCUUUAAGAAGGUACUUUUUAGACUAUAAUGCUCGCUCGUUGCUCUUCCAACUGUUGGAUGGAAGGAAAUCGGCCCGGGAGCUCCUCCAGCACCCUUAUUUCAAGUCUUUCCGAGCUCCAGCUCAUGCCACUUUGGAACGGAGACAUACUGUCGUUGGCCAGAAAAAUCCCACCGAACUUCUUGGUGAGUCAUUCGAAAUAUGACAAAAAGUGGACAAGCUCUUGAAAAUUUCGUCCUGAUUUCGUAAUGUAAAAGUGAUUAUUGAAAAAAACAGUUUAACAAAAAAAAAUGGGCAACUGAGAACUUCUGUAAAUAACUGCGAGUUUUCGCUGGUGUUUUUAAAGGCGCAUAGACAAAUUUCAUAGAGUUCGCGAGACGAAGAGCCGUUUUUACUGCUAUUUUAGGCCAUGCGAAACUUUAGCAUCUCAAAAAAUCCUGCGAUUUUAAACGGAUUACAAAAUGCAUUAAAUACUCGUAUGCCUAUAAAAUAUGCCUGGAAUGGAUAAAAAAAUAGAACCAAGAAAUUCAUUAAUAAUCAACCUUUUUUUGCAGAAACCCUUCGCGAGGAACUCAACCGCUUCAAUCCAUUCAACAUGUCCGAACUGCAUUUGUAA